CGCAGGGAGGGAGCAGUGAAAGGUUCACACACACACAUUUGAAUAAUAUUUAAUCUGUCAGCCAUUCCUCCAGUGUUCUGCACACAAACCGCCAACCACACACGCGCGGAGCUCAGAAGAAAGCGCUUUUUGUCGUGGUUUUCUCCAGACAGGUUUGGGAUGGUCAAACAUGAGCGGUGAGCGUCAGAAGCGCCGGGAGGAGAUUCAGAGAGCGCUGAACUUCAUCAAGUGUUCUCUGCCUUAUCCGGACCCUGAAGGCUAUGAGGGGUUUGUGGUUCAGCUGGUGUGUGAUCUCUUAGACGAGGGCAAUGCCGCGUUUCGAGAGGGCGACUGGACGCAGGCGCGCGGCCAUUUCAGCGAGGCCGUCAAUGUGGCGCUUUAUGCUCAAACCGAGGGGCUGAACGUUCCCGCCGCCCUGCUGGAGAGUCUGUACAUCAACCGCGCAGCCGUCCAUCAGAACAUGGGCGAGUUUGACAGCAGUGUGAAGGACUGCGAUCUCGCUCUGGAGGUGUGUAAGGACAGCGCUAAAGCGUUAUAUCGUAAAGCCGUGUGUCUGAAGGAGUCUGGGAAACUGAGAGAGGCGUAUGACUGCAGUGCUGCAUGUCUGCUGGCCUCACCGCAGGAUCAGACGGUCAGCAAUUUGUCCAAGGAAAUCGCAGCCAGUCUGGGCUUGAAAAACAGAAAAGCGUACAUCAGUUCUCACAGGGGGAAAGCAGCAGGAUCUGAGGACGACUGUGCCGCGCCGUCACCUUUAGAUGAGAUUUCUUCUGUUGAGCUGGAGGAAGUGACUGACUCUGCAGCUGACUCUGAGUGGCCGUCUCCUGUCUUACCCGCGCCGGUCCCUGUGAGCGACUCCCAUGAGGCCCCGGGUCAGUCCGGAGCCGUGCCACUCUCGGUGCCCGUGUCUCAGUCGCUGGAGGACAGUGAGCUGAUGGGAGACGAGCUGGACAAUCUGCUGGACUGCAUGUCUAAAGAGGAAGACGCAUCGCAGAGUGGAGUGGUUCCCAGCUCUCUGCUGUGCUUCUCGUCUCCUCGUCUUCCUGCCUUCUUCUCCUCCUUCGGGAGUCAGCUGAACUCUCUGGACUCCUUCACUAAAGCUGAGCUGAGCUUGAACUCUUCCAGCGGCGAUCUGGAUGCGCUGGACUCCAUCUGUCCAUCAAACGGCUCCGUUUCCCUGCAGCGCCCUCUAGUGGUGGGAAGAGACGCGCUCGAUUCGCUGUCUGAAUUCAGUCUGCCAGGUGGGAAGGUCUGUUGUGGUUUUCUGCCGUCGGUCAAACUGACAGAUUCUCCUCAUACGAGGAAUGGUCACGUGACCUCGACUCUAUCCAGUCUGUCCGAGAACCCGCUGGAGCACACGCAUGAUUUCACUCAAGCCUGCAGCAGCUGCUUCAAUAGUACAGGUCCAGGUGUGCUGGAUUUUGAGUUGAGGUCUGAUGUGACUCACAGCUGUAAGAAGGAUCUUCUGCUGUGCAAGAGAAGGGGCGGGGCUAGCUCUCCCUGGAGGCGGAUCCGGCCCCGCCCAACUCGCAACAAUUUCCAGGCCUCCUUCGUGCUCUGCAGAGAGGUGUUGGAGAAUCAGGUGUGUAAGUACGGUGAGGGCUGCACGUUUGCAUAUUGUCAAGAGGAGAUUGACGUGUGGACGCAGGAGAGGCGUGGCUUACUGGUCAGAGAGCUGCUCUUCAAUCCGCUCUCGACCAAUGAGAGACAAGCACUCGGCGUCAUCGAGCUACUGAACAUACACACGGGCAUGUUCAUGUUCCUCUGUGAGGCCUGUUUUGACUGCAAACCCAGAAUGAUCAGCAAACGCUGGAAGGAGAAUCCGGCUCUGUGUGCGAACGCACCGACACAACAUCAGUUUGAUAAGAAGUGCUUGGUUCAUGUGGUGAAGAGCAGCGCUGUGAGUUACAGUAAGAUCCGAGCGUUGAGCUCUUGCUGUCAGUUCGAUGUGUGCCGUCAAGAGCUCGCUCUGGGCUGUAAGAGGAAGGACGGCUGCUGCUUCGCUCACUCGCUCAUCGAACUGCAGAUCUGGAUACUGCAGAGAGACACUGGAAUCAGCCAUGAAGAGAUCGUGCAGGAGUCCAAAAAACACUGGAACAAACAGCGUCCUGCGGUCAUUGCUUCACGCUCACCGAACAAAAUCACUGCUGCUACAUCAAAGAGUCCAAGCAGAGUGGGGGAGACGAAUGGGAAGGCGGGUCCUGUGCAGGGAACAGGAAGUGCUGAGGUCAAAGGUCACGGGCUGGAGCUGAUGAUGAAGUUUGUGUGCGGUCAGUGCUGGAAAGAUGGGCUGGUCAGUGAACCGGACCGAGCGCUGAAAUACUGCACUGCUAAAGCCAGACACAGCUGGACCAAAGACAGGAGGGUUUUACUGGUCAAAUCUCAUGAGAGGAAGAAGUGGGUCUCAGUGCGAUUGCAGUAUGUAAUUCUCAUAGAGAUGGUCUGUCCAUGA